AUGGCUCCCUUUUUUCAAAAGCGGCUGCGAUGCUUUUACUGCGGCGGAAAUUCGAAACAGAUAUACAAGAACGCCGUCCGGAGGUGGAAAUGCGAGCGCUGUCAGGCUGUUAACUAUCUAGACGAAAAUGGCGAAAUAACCGAUCCUCCCGUUGCUGAAGUGUCGACGGAGAAACGAUUCCAUCAGUACGCUGCUCCUAUCCCGCCAUCGCUAUCGCAAUCCUUCGAAGAACAGCCAGAGCAACCGAGCACCGCCGACUCUACCAUCUUCUGCUCUACGUGCCAGAAGAACCAGUAUCUUUUCACCCAGACAUUGGCUUCGUACCUCCCCGACCCGUCACACCCCGAAUAUGCGGCCUACGAAAAGUCGUAUCCGUCCUAUAAGCGGAGCUUGGAGGAACGCUACCCGCAGGUUUGCGAGAAGUGCAAGCCACGAGUCGUUGAUCGCAUCAGACAAACUGGGUAUGCUGCCAAAACAGAUCAUCUACGGCGCAUGAUGGAACGUAGCAAGGGCAGAUCGUCCCGACAAAGAAGACAGAUGUGGAGAUGGAAGGGCCUGUUAGUUUCUACGGGGGCCUUUUCGUUCUGGUCAAGUGUUGCUGGUCAACUGGUCUGGGACGUCGUUGCCUUUGCAUCUUCUGCUUACCAGCUACAGGAAGUAGAGGUAGCUUCAAUGUCCAUGUCCUCGCUCGGAAGCUAUUGCGUUGCUAGCUCCAUCAACAACCGUCGCAUUCCAGGAGAAUGUGCCACUUUUCUUGCACCUUACGCCGGGCUUUCAUUAAUUCUAGGCGCAUUUUCUCUCUGGUGGAACCCGAAGUUGAGACUGAAGGUUGAAGGCCAUCAUGGUCGAUUGAUUGGGCUACGAGAGUACUACCGUAUUCAAAUUGUUGCUCUUAUGGUCAGGUUUAUGGCGUGGGCCGGUUUGCAAGACCCUGCGAUUACAGGCCUGCAUCCCCAGUUGAACCCGUCUAUCCAUGCUUUUGUCGCUAUAUUUACCUUGAUUACUACUUUUGCCUCAAUAUCGACUAUCAAAUUCGAGAAGAGGCCGCUUGUUGAUUGGCAUGACAAUACUGAGGAGUUGUUAUCCGGUACCAACAGCAGGGCUGGAACGCGACCGUCAAGCCCGCAGGAGUCGCAAGCCUCUGAGAUGGGCAGGCAGCCAGUUCCUCAGCGAUUUCCCAUUGCCAGUCUUGCACCACGCCGUUUGGCGACACCCGAACCGCAUGUCCCACCGACUCCUCCGCGGGAUCUUCGGCGGGAUGAUAUCGAUGCAAUGGACUGGACUCCAUCCCGGCCGUCUCUGAAAGUCCCAGCUAAACCUGUAACCCAACAGACACAGACACUUUCUUCUUCAAUGCUCUUUCAGGGUCAGCUGCCUCAGGUGCCAAAACCGCCAUCUUGGAAUUUGCGGAACCCAGUUGCAGAAAAGGUGGAACAGAUCCAGAAAAAGCCAAAUCCAUUCCAUCAAGCGCCUGUUUUGCAGCCUACGCGUCUGUCUUUAGAGGAUGAUGAGGACGGGGAGGAAGAGGAAGGCCAGGAUCAUAAGCCAGUUCGAACUAAUGCUGUCUUCGCAGCACCUAAAUUUUUCCCUCCCGGUCUGACAGCCGAAACUGGUCUCGAGAACCUAUUUGACCAAGCGUUCUCAAUCGCGGAUGGGCCGGGUAACGCCCAGCAGAACCAGUCCGGUCAGGUCUCUAUCAAUCAGAGGUCUGCGGUUUCUGGUAACAGUCCAACCCAUAUACUGCGAAUUAUCCUCCUAUCAUCUUGCGUGGUCUUGUGGAUGAGCACGAAGGUGUAUACCGAGCCUGCAAAGUCCAUUGAGUCUGUGGUGCUUGGAAUAUCCUUCCUUGUCGCUGCCUUUUCAUUUUUGGAGUCACUGAUGAAACCGAUGCUGGUCUGGAAUGUGACCGAGAUCUUGCUAUCUCUUUUUGAGCUAGUAUCUUGCGUUUACCUGGCAGUUGUGCAGGCUCGUCAACUUGACAGCCCAGUAGGUCUGGAUAAUGCUGGGAUAUAUCUGGUUUCAUUCAUGAUGGGACACGAGAUGUUUGGCCUUGGGCCUCUUCUCUCCCCUUAUACCAACCCGACUGAGCCCAAGAAAGCCCCUAAAGCUGCAGAAACUGAGUCUGAGGCACGGACAGAGAAGAAACCUUCUCCUAGUUCAUCAGCAGGCGGCUCGUUUACUACAUUCAAUAUGAGCCAAAACAGUCUCUCUCCGGGCAGCAGGUAUGCUGGUAGCCCCCAAGCCAGAAGGCCACAGACCGCCAACAACAGAAUGAGCCCCAAGAGCAACUCUCCCCCAAGUACCCUCCCCCAAAGACACCACAAUAUCUUUCCUGACUUUGCCACGAGGAUGAAGUCAACACCACAGCCGUCAUUUACACCCACCACUUCAUUUGCAGGCUAUACCCCAGCUACCCGGCGACCAAAACCAUCCCUAUCGUUUUCUCCAUCAUUCGACUCAGCUUUGCAAGACAGCCCCUUCUCCCCAACCUCUACAGUAUCAGACUCGGCGUCAUCAGCUGCAUCAGAAGCCCAAACACCCGUUUCUCGACUCAGAUUCCCAGACAUAAGCCGUGGGAACCCCAGUCCUUCUAUGAUCAAAUCACUAAAUCUUGACGACGAUCGAGCUCCUCGAGCUACGCCUAAUACACGCUACUCUCUGCGUCAGAGGCGGAAUUAG